AUGAACCCACUUCAUGCAAAGAAAUCAAGAUUUUUAGUGUGUGCUGCUGUCUGUAUGUUCAUCUACACCUUCAUUUACCUAAAGGUUCCACUUUAUGAGUCAGAUGAGCAAAAAUUCCGUGUCAAAAGAGCGGAGUGUGGUUUUUACCCAGAUGAACUUUGCUCUGCUCUUUUUGUGGGGAAACCUGCAGCGUUUAGAAUUGGAAACUUUUGUCAGAAGUCCUUCCAGCCCAAAGCCCUCAGCUGCAUUCAGACCUCCUGCAGCUGCUCCACAGUCCUGAAGACUUUGCAUUUUAUCACCAGACCACUGUCAGAGGAAGAAGGAAAUUUCUCCUUGGCAUACAUUAUUACAAUUCACAAGGAACUGGAAAUGUUUGUGAGGCUGCUAAGAGCUAUUUAUAUGCCUCAGAAUAUUUACUGCAUCCACAUUGAUGAAAAGUCACCCAGAGACUAUAAAACUGCUGUACAGAACAUCGUUAACUGCUUUGAAAAUAUUUUUAUUUCCUCCAAAAGAGAGCACGUUGUUUAUGGAGGGUUUUCAAGAUUACAAGCUGAUAUUAAUUGCAUGAGAGACCUCGUUAACUCCAGAGUUCAGUGGAAUUAUGUUAUUAAUCUGUGUGGUCAAGAUUACCCCUUGAAAACAAACAAAGAAAUCAUAGAAUACAUAAAAAGUAAAUGGAAUGGUAAAAAUAUCACUCCUGGGAUAGUGCAGCCCCUGCAUGUGAAGCACAGGACAGAGGUGAGCUACAGGGAGUACGUGCAUUCUGGAGUGCCAUACGUGUACCCAGCAAAGGUCAGGAAAGCUCAGCCCCCACACAACCUGACCAUCUAUUUUGGCAGUGCCUAUUACAUCCUCACCAAGGCCUUUGUGGAGUUCACACUGAGUGAUGCCCGGGCUAAAGCUCUGCUGGAGUGGUCCAGGGACACCUACAGCCCUGAUGAGCACUACUGGGUCACCCUCAAUCGUUUACCUGAUGCUCCAGGGGCUACACCCAAUGCAGGCUGGCAAGGAGACCUAAGAGCCAUUAAAUGGAAAGAUCAAGAAGGGCUCUCACACAAAGGCUGCAAAGGUCAUUACAUCAGAGACAUCUGCAUUUAUGGCCUGGGGGAUCUGCAGUGGAUCAUUGAGUCCCCCCAUCUGUUCGCCAACAAGUUUGAGGCUGCCAGGAACCCGCUGGCGCUGGAGUGCCUGGAGCGGCGGCUGCGGCUCAAGGUGCUGCGCCAGGCUCAGGUGCCCGUGGAGCAGCACUGGCGCCUGCAGGAGCACAGCCACUUCAACAUGCAGCUGCAAGUGUGAGCUCAGCCCCCUGCCCUGCAGAUGUGCAGCGUGCUGGCAGGAAACAGCAGAAAAUGUGGGUAUUUACAGGCACGGCUUCGCUCUGGGCGCCGAGGGUAAAGCACAGUCCCGCGCUCC